ACGGGAAAGGCGUAAGUAGUCACCCUCAUCUUCAUAUGUCACGAGAAUAAUAUGCGUUUUGUUUCUUUCUUACCAUGGUCUCGGGCCAGAACUCUCUCUUUCUGCUUGUUUGUCCCUGUCCUAGUGCAUCAUGGUUAUAUUCAUUGUUAAGACCUUUGAUGCUCAGAUAGCGCCUGAAAAGUAUCAUGUAGGAUUAGGAAAAUGAUGGUGCUGAUCGGCUCUGCUUUUUAUAGGCAAACGACUACGAGAAGCAAGAAAGAGUGCGGAGCAGAUGCCUCCGCUCCCUCAAAUACAGACAAGCAAUAGCACGCAAGCUGACGGAAUCUCCCAUUCUUCAUCGGAAUCUGCCUUUCAUCCUUUUACUCUUGACGCUUUCGAGCACGCGCCUUGUUUUAAGACGGUUGCGGAGCCGCUGCCGUCAUUGGACUCGUCGCAAAUUUCGUUAUUGUACUCCCAUUCCAUCCAGCAGACCCCAAACCUGAGCUAUGAGCUCCCUUAUUCGCUCAAUGUGUUCAGUGCGUUAUUUAUCAACGGCCAAAUUCUUGGUCUACGAUGUGGUACAAUUGUUCCGUCUAAAUCUCCACCUGCUUCGCCGGAAACACCUUUUCCCUUGCGCCCCACAGCAACCCAACUGUCCACUGUACAUUUCAGUGGGAUCGAUCGAUUCCCAUUCGUCAAGAUGCGAGACAACUUCAUCCACAUGAGCGGUUUUAUCGACGAAGAGGAGCUAGCCGGCGAUGUGUGUCUUAUGCCCAGCUUUACUCUCGCACCAGGUGGAGUGUCCUGGGAUCCUACAGCUUGGAGAAUCGAGAAACCCUUCGCAGACAAAUGGGGCUUCCUAUUUGAUUGAUGUUCUCUCUUUAGAAGAGAAUCAACUGUUGAUGCUCUCUGGCACGGGCUAAUAAUUGGAGUAUGGGGGACACACUAAGGGCGCACGUUUGAGAUUUUCACCACUCCGAGAUUACACAGCGACUUCUGAGGACAUGGGAGUAAUGGAGGAAUGUUCAAGAAUAGAGAGAAUGUGACCUACCAUACUCAGUAAGAAACUCAAUCAGGAAG